AUGCUAACUACCUUAAUUGAGAAGGCAUUUGUUCGGGCACUUCGCGGAGAAAUAACAGAUGAAGAAGCUGCUGAUCAGAUUGCUGAUUCAUUUGGCGCUGAUUCUAUUACCAAUAAUUUCCAGAAUUAUGUCAAUGGUGUUGAAGUUCAACAUAGUAUUAACAGUGAUGGAAAGAUGGAUAUUUCUGCUAAUUUACAGCCACAACUAUGUCAGCAACAGCAGCCGAAAGUGCUUGGUACUAUAACUUUGGGUGAUUUGCAUCCUGCUCAAAUCGCACAAUUCCAGCAGGCGUUUGCAGAAGCCAGUAAAGGAUUAGCUUCAUCAGUUGUAUUCAAUGUGCCGUUGCAAAAGACUGAUAAUUCAGAAGAAUAUUUUACAGACGAAGAUAGAGAAAGAUGUGCUCUUCUUCAAGAAUUAAUAACCGGUCAGCGCCCGUUAAUGUUGCAUCCUUAUGUAUUCCUUCUAAAUCGACGCUUUAAAUGGACUGAUAUCGCCAUCCCUGUUACUGGGACUGAUAAGUUUCGUGUUUAUCGACUAAACCAAGCACGCAAUUCACGAUGUUAUUAUCGUUGUUCAGGAUGUGAGACAAUGGCAAAGGAACCUGGCGAUCCAAUUGCCCAAAUAAAACUUGCUGAUGGUCAUUUGGUAGGUGAUGUUAAUCCAGUCCACAAUUUAAAAUGUGAAUUGUUUACAUUUUCCAAUAUUGUUAACCGACAGUUCGAUAGGGAAGCUCGUCUUGAUGUUUACAACGCUAUUAUGAGCCCGAAAGAGGCUUGGAAUAGGGGUCGGUUACGAGCUCUCAGAGCAGAGAGUUUGGCACCUAAAGGUUUGCUAAAUUCAGAUGAAUAUCCGACGUGGGAUGUGAUGAACAAAGUUAUCAUGAAACUAUGGAGAAGUGCUAAGCGAGCACACGAUGCUGGUAUCGAAAAUAUUGAUCGAGUUGGUAGUAAAGAUUGGUGGCGUAAUAUUCCUCCACCAUCUGCUACACGAAGAGGUAUGAAAAGAGGAAAUUAUGACACUGCGAAUUAUAGUUUCCGAAAUGAAGGAAGUAAUUUCAGUGGUGAAGUUGAAGAACUUGAUGAUGAUGGUGAUCAAUCAUGUAUCUCAGGAGCUGGUAGUGGUGAGAAUGGAUGUCUUGAAUUACUGGAUGUGGUUAGCGAAAGUGAAAUUUAUACCACCGAUCAAGAACCAGCUCCAUCUGGUUCUUUCGAAAGAGAUAGUAUUGUGCCAGAGCCACCAGAACAAAUUUCACUAUUUUCCAACAGAACCGAGCCUGGUAAACGCGUAUUACAGCAGGGCAAUCAUGUUAGCUUAUCUGUAUUACCUGGUGAUAGAGACGAGAAAGCAACAGAUGGUUUCUUGCGUAAUAGUGAGGAAAAUAGCGAUGUGCAGUAUUAUCUACUACAAGAUUAUGAUGAUGGCGAUGACGAUGAUGAUGAUAAUGGUGAUGGUGAUGAUGAUGAUGACAUUGGUGAUGGAGAUGAAGAUAGAGAUAGAGACGGUAAUGAUGAUAAUGAUAAUGAUGUGGAUGUAGAUAAUGUCGAUCAGAUCAACAUUGAUAAUGCUGAUGAUGAAGUGAUGCGUGAAUACAAUGAUGUAUUAACCGAAGUGGAUCGUCUUGAACGAAAAGCAGUAGCAGCAACUGAAGGAAUGACAGAGCAUCGAAGAAUGGGUGGAGGUCAUAUAGUUGAACAACGUCAACAUGAUGAACCGUAUGAGUUACGACGAAAUAUUCAACAUGUAGCAUUGCAUGAGCCUGCCGUAACAUCAUCACAACAACUCAACAGUACCAUUUUUGCAAAUCGUAAACUAUUUGCAGCAAUUGAGAGUUUAACACGUACAUUGAAUACAGAUCAUUCACGACAAUUUCAUCAGGAAAUGUUGCGGACAGCAGUUGAAUUAUCAAAUAAUUACGCUGCGCAACAACGGCAACAAUAUACCGCAGAAACGGUAACAUUAGGACGUAAUGCAACCGUUGAGCGUCGAAAUAUGAUUGCUGCAUCAAGGCAACAUAGUGAUUAUGAAGAUGAUGAAAAGUCAUUCGGUAAAGUAAUAGGAAGACGACAAGGAGCAACACCUUUACGAACAUGGGCAUUCAAGAAAGGAUCAAAAUUUGAGUAG